CGGACGGAAAAGCCAAGCAUUACUUUUUCUGGUUAGCAGUCAGCACUUCCAGCCCCUGACUUCAUCAAAGAAUUUAUGAAAUAGUCGGAACCACCGGAUCCCCCGAACGGAUUCGUAAUCCACUAAUCGAUCGGAAAAACAGCAGCGGCAGGAGCAACAAGAGAGUAGCAGAAUGGGAAUUCUGUUUACUCGGAUGUUUUCUUCUCUAUUCGGCAACAAAGAAGCUCGAAUCCUUGUUCUCGGCCUAGACAAUGCCGGAAAAACCACCAUUCUCUAUCGGCUUCAGAUGGGUGAGGUAGUCUCUACAAUUCCGACAAUUGGGUUCAAUGUGGAAACAGUACAAUACAACAACAUUAAGUUCCAGGUGUGGGAUUUGGGCGGUCAGACAAGCAUCAGGUAACCCCUUUAGAAUCAUUUUUGGAUUUAUGUAUAUUAUUGUACGUGUUAGAACUGUGCUCUUGCUUUGGUGAUUAUGGAUAGAAGUUUGUGUUUCUCCAAUGAGCUUCCCUCAAAUGUAGAGAAGAAUGACACUUCUUCUUUUUCCCUUUCCACAUGGGGUGGCUGGAUUUUCUUAUUUGGUAUUGGAGAUCAUUAAUUUUCCCCCUUGCACACCCAUUGGCUACCUUUUCUAGCUAGUUGGUGCAUUGUAUACCUUUCUAGCUUGUUGGCGCAAUGUGUACCUUUUCAUUGAUUAUUUCUAUGUAUGGUGUAUAAUAGACAACCUAAUUGGCCUUUGCCUGUUGAUCCUGCCUUUGCCUUUUUCCUUUUUCGGCAAUAUUUUUAUAUUUGUUUACAGGCCGUACUGGAGAUGCUAUUUUCCAAAUACUCAGGCAGUAAUUUAUGUUGUUGAUUCAAGUGACACUGACAGAAUUGGAAUAGCAAAAGAGGAAUUUCAUGCCAUUUUGGAGGAGGACGAAUUGAAAGGUGCAAUAGCCCUAAUUUUUGCAAACAAGCAGGAUCUCCCUGGUGCACUAGAUGAUGCUGCUGUGACUGAGGCUUUGGAAUUGCACAAAAUAAAAAACCGCCAAUGGGCCAUUUUUAAAACCUGUGCCAUAAAGGGUGAAGGACUCUUUGAGGGCUUGGACUGGUUGAGUAACACUCUCAAGGCAGGAGGUGGCUAAUUUCGUCAGUGGAAAUUUCAAGCUCGCUCACUCACUCACAUAUCUAAUUCACCACUAAUCAGUGGUACCACUACCGCCAAUUGACUUUUUACAUCAGGCAUGAAAUUUACCUCUUCCUUCUCAUUUUCUUACCAUCUUCUUUAUCGGGGUUGUGGUUGUCGAAUUCAAAUUCAUCAGAAUUUUGGGGGUGUAAGAGGAUGCCUAGCUACCUAGUUAAUGUUUUCAAUGGUACAAUUUUACAAGACAGAAAGGGAGCAACGAAUGAUUGUUCUUGACCUCUUUUUCUUUCUGCUUUUGUUGGCUGCAUUCAUAGCUUUGUUGUGAUGAUGAACUCCCAUAUGUGGAGCUUUUUCUCUGUAUUGGGUCAUUACCUGUUCCUUGUCAGAUAACAAAUUCAGUUUCUCAUUAUGGAUCAUGAACUUUUUAUUUGGCCUGAACUAAAAAAAUUCUUAAUUU